AGAAUCCACUAAAGAUGCGCUCGCAGAUUGUUAUCUUCCUUGCCAUUGUGGCCUUUGUUUCGACUUCCUGGGCCGCUGAUCCUGCCACCGAUCCGGCUACUGAUCCUGCCACCGAUCCUGCCACGCCCUCUACCCCUACACCCACGACACCCACCUCCCCCACCACUCCCACUUCGCCGUCGGCAUCUGGAAGCAGCACCACCGCAGCCACCACCGUGACUGCAACCACCGUGGCUCCCACAACUGUGGCUCCCACCACCAAGGCACCAAGUAAGAAGACGGCCACGGUUGUCCACUACGAGAGGAAAACCAAAAGGCCAAAGAAGCGCCAAACGAUUCGUCACUCUCGCGAAGGUGAAAGGAAGAACCGAUCCCGUCGUGACUAA